AUGACUGUAAUUAGUUUCACCGUCACGGAUUCAAGUGAUGCGCUUGAUGGCAUUCUUGCUCGUCUUCGUCAAGUCCGUAUCUCAUUGACUCGAAUUGAAUCCCGUCCAAGCAAGACUAAAGGCGACUAUGAUUUUUACGUUGAUUUUAUGGCAGAGGACGAUUCCCACAUUGCAGCAGCUGUGAAUAGCAUUUCUCAGCUGGCCAAAUCUGUCAAGGUGGUCAGUUCUGGAAGAUCUGGCGUUGAUUCACUUGAUGGUGCCGUUCCAUGGUUUCCACGAAAAAUUGCUGAUCUCGAUUCUUUUGCUGAACGUGUCCUUUCAUAUGGCGAGGAACUUGAUGCAGACCAUCCAGGAUUUACUGAUCCAGUAUAUCGUGAGCGCCGUUCAGCCAUUACAGAUUCUGCCAAGAAACACAAGCACGGACAGCCACUGCCUCAUGUGAAUUACACUGAACAAGAAGUCAAAACAUGGGGAAUUGUAUUCGACAAGCUGAUGGAUCUCUAUAAAACACACGCUUGUCAGGAACACCAGUACAUUUUCCCUCUCUUGGUCCAAAACUGCGGAUACAGUAAUAAUAACAUACCUCAAAUGGCCGACAUCUCUCGGUUUUUGAAGGAUUGCACUGGAUGGACUAUGCGUCCUGUCAUGGGACUGCUUUCAUCCCGUGAUUUUUUGAAUGCUCUUGCAUUCCGUGUGUUUCAUAGUACCCAAUACAUUCGUCAUCACACUGCUCCAUUCUAUACACCAGAACCAGAUAUUUGCCAUGAGCUUCUUGGUCACGUUCCGCUAUAUGCGGACGUAGAUUUUGCUGCGUUUUCCCAGGAAAUCGGUCUUGCAUCUUUAGGAGCAUCUGAUGAUGAUCUGCAAAAACUCGCCACGAUCUACUGGUUCACUGUUGAAUUUGGUCUUUGUCGCCAGAAUGGUAAACUCAAGGCUUAUGGUGCUGGUCUUUUGUCUAGUUUUGGUGAACUCGAGUAUUCUAUAUCAGGAAAACCUAAACUAUUACCAUUUGAUUGUGAAGUAAUGGGUGUUCAGAAAUAUCCUAUCACCGAGUAUCAGCCAGUAUAUUUUGUUGCAGAAAGCUUCUUGCAAAUGAAGAACGAUGUGCGUGAGUAUACUGCUGGGCUGGAUCGUCCAUUUAUUGCGCACCAUAAUGCUUUGACGGAGACCAUUGAGCUGUUGGAUAACAAAGAUCAAAUACUACGCUUUGCAUCUGGUAUCAAAUGUGAUCUUACUAGACUUAUAUGCGCCAUGGACAAGGUUAUUCGCUAA